AUGGGGCCAGCAGCUCGGCCUUCGCCGCCACUGGAGGUUACCGCCUCGGCCGAACGUGGACGGGCGCAGAGGGAGAAGUUCCCGCGGGCGCAGCCCAGCCAGCCGUGGACUGAAGGAACAUUGAAAGGAACCAUAUGUCCUCCUGACCUUGAUUUCCGGCUCCGGCUGAAACACUUCGCAUGUAACUCUCUGGGCAACAGCACAGCAGAGGAUGUCAAGGACUGCAAAAUAUGCCCCCAGGACUGGCUUUUGCACGGGAGUAAGUGCUACUGGAUGUCUGAAGAGAAAAAAACCUGGGACAAGAGCCAAGAAUUCUGCAAAGCAAAAAACUCCACACUGCUUAUGAUUCAGAACUCAGAGGAGAUGACAUUCCCAGGGAACAUGACAAGGAUGCCGACAAAUUUUUGGUUAGGACUCAGAACUGAGCACUCUGAGGGACCGACCUGGCAAUGGGUAGAUGGAUCCCCCUUAAAGAAAGAACUGUGGCAGCAGGCCUGGCAGGGCCAAGGUGUGCCCAGCGGCAGCCCCAUUAGGCUGCUCUUUCAGCCGGCAGGAGCUCCAACGUGUGAAGGAGCAGCCUGA